AUGGAUGGGAUCAACGACCUCCUCAGGGACGCAAAUACAUCAGCUCCCUUUUUGCAGGACUUUCUCGCCAAGAUACCGGGCCUCGGCUGGCUCCAGGGCUUUGUCUCACAAUGGCUCAAGCUUGAUAUUACUACUAUCGCGGCCGCUCUCACCAUCUUGGGCACCAUCUCAGGCGUUCUCGGCUUCCUGCAAACAAUAGCCGUCAAAUUAUACUGGUACAUCACCCGGUUCUUCACAGCGUCAGUGUCUAUAAACGCGCGAGAUAAGCUCAACCGAGAGGUCCUCAACUGGCUGGGCGCGCAGGUUCUCGUACGGCAGGGCACUCGCAUCGUCACUGCCCGUUCCGAGAAAAUCGAGAGCGAUGCCUUCUACUACCGUCGGACCCCGGAGCCCCGGGACGACUACAGCAUGGAUAAGCGGAAACCGAUCCAGUACCUUCCCACCUUCGGCACCACGUGGUUCACUCAUGAGCGGAACGUGUUCAUCGUGCGGCGCGUCUCGGCCAACUCCUCCGGGAUGUCCUUUGUGGACCAGGUGCCGGACGAGUUCGCGGCUGCGCCGGAGGGAGAUGAGCCCCUGAUUGUCAUGUGUCUCGGCCGCUCCGUCGAGCCGAUCAAGCGUUUCCUGGAUGCCUGUCGCGACUUUGCGGAGAAGGAGCGCGAGUCGUACGUGACAGUCAGAGCCUCAAAGUCUCAGUAUGGCGAUGAGUCCUGGGAAACGACAAUCCUGCGCCCGAUCCGGCCGCUUGAGACGAUACACUUUGACGAGAAGACCAAGGCAGAGCUGGUGGCUGACAUCAGAAACUACCUCGACCCUGCGACUCGGCGCUUCUACACGCAGCGUGGAAUCCCGUACCGGCGCGGAUACCUUCUCCACGGACCUGCAGGCACCGGCAAGACGAGCCUGUCCCUUGGCCUGGCUGGGCUCUUUGGCCUUGAGCUCUACCUCCUUCACGUUCCCAGCGUGCGCACAGAUACAGACCUCGAACGGCUCUUCACCACACUCCCGCCGAGGUGUUUCAUCCUGCUGGAGGACAUCGACGCAGUCGGCAUCAAGAACCGCGGCAACUUCAACCAAGACGAGCAAGAAGACAGCGAAGAAGAGAAUGACGAAGACGACGACCGCUCGCACUACGGCCCCCGCUGCCACAUCUCACUGUCCGGGCUCCUCAACGUCCUAGACGGCGUGGCCUCCCAGGAGGGCCGGAUCGUGCUGAUGACCUCCAACUUCGCCGAGCGGCUCGACCGCGCCCUCGUCCGGCCGGGCCGGAUCGACAGGAUGAUCUUCCUGGGCAACAUCUCGCCGCGGAGCGCGGAGCUCAUGUUCAAGCGCAUGUACGAGUUCGACCCGUCCAACCCGUCGGCCCAGGCGAUCCAGGCCACCAUCGGGGAGGACGAGCUGCAGAAGCUGGCGCUCAGGUUCAGCGGCCAGGUCGAGGACAACACGUUCACGCCGGCCCAGGUACAGGGCUACCUCCUCAACUGGCGGAGCGACCCCCAGGGCGCCGUCGAAAACUUGCGCGAGUGGGCCAAGGAGGAGAUCGCCUCGAUGGAGGAGGCCAGGAGGCGCGCAAAGGAGGCCGCGGCGGCCAGGAAGAAGAGGAAGCAGAAGCAGCUCAACCUGGUUCUCGGGUCUAACAUGGGCAUGCCGGGCGGCGUGCCGAACAUGGCCCUGAAUGGGCUUCAGGGGCAGGUCAUCAACGGGAUGCCCACGCCCCCUCAGAGCGCCGUCAGUGCUAAGCCGCAGAGCGGCGAGUCCGUUGGCUCAGUAGACGUUGUCUCGUAUGAGGAGACAAAAGAGGCCAGGGAGAGGGCGGCUGAGACGCAGACAACCGCAGAGUAG